GCAGGUACGUUUAUAGAGCAAUGUUGAUCAUAAAUGUGUGUUUUUACCCCAAUAUGUUUUGAAUCGUGAUGACUUUUGAGGAGGUUAUGUCACUCUGAUACUCAGGACAGAAUGAAGGAUCUGACUGGCUUUCGUGGACUCGUAUUUGUCCUUCUUCUGAGCUCUUCUCAACAGAGAAGUCAGCCAAACUAUCCUGAGGACUGCUCAGAGAUUCAGUCUGCGAACCCACAAGCAUACAGUGGGGUUUAUACUAUCCAGGCUGAACCCUUCCCUCCAUUUCAGGUGUACUGCGAGAUGCUUUCGGAUGGGGGCUGGACAGUUCUUCAGAGACGUACCGGAGACCGUUUGUCCUUCAACAGAAAUUGGGAAGAGUAUAAACAUGGUUUUGGAUACCCAACAAUUGAUCUUUGGCUCGGCUUGGAGAAUGUUUUCCUUCUGACUCAGAAGAAGAGCACAACCCUGAGAGUGGACCUGUGGGACUUUGAAGGUGGUUCUGCGUUUGCCGAGUACGAGGACUUCAGACUGGGAAAUGAAGGAACAGCUUACGAACUGCAUGUGGGGGAAUACAGGGGAAAUGCAGGUGAUGCCAUCCGUGGAGCCUAUCACGGUAUCGACCAAAAUGGCUACGGCUUCAGCACCAUCGACCGUGACAAUGACGGGUGCAACCCAUGCAUCUUUGGUGACAUUGCUAUUCAUCAGUGUGUUGAUACGAAGCACAGUGGUUGGUGGUUUAGCAAGUGUGGCUCUGCAGACCUAAACGGUGAAUGGCAUCCUUCUGGUGACAACAUCGGGUGGGCUUCAGGCCUCCACUGGGAAACCUGGAAAUCUGUGCCCUACUCUGCCCAGGCCUCCAGAAUGAUGAUCAAGUCUACGACCAAGUGCUAUUGAUAUGAGCCCUGACCCCCAAGCUGGUUUUUAUUUUAAUCCUUCCAGAUUACCUCUGUCUUUCCAAAAUAUUUAUUACGUUUGGAUAUGGGAUCUGAAGGUCUUCGAUGCAAAAUUUUGUUUUUUUUUUAAACUGAGAUGAAAAAAGGGAAAUUAAACUUGUAUUUUCAUUUUAAGCUUUUUUUUCCUUUUUGUAGCAGGUCUUUGUAUCAGUAUGGUUUACAGGGUUCUAGUAGUGACCUUAUAAAUGUUUUAAAAGGAGAUGUACGAUGGAACAUAUUAAAGAUUUAA